ACUGGUCAUUCAAUAUAAGACUUUGGCCGAGGGAAGAUGCUAGUUGGGAGAUUCCACUGAGCCAGUAGGUUGGUUAACUAAUAAUUGAUUGGGUUGUACCACUGUGGAAAUCUUGAGGGAAGAUAGAUUAUCGAUUUUGGUUGGAGCAAGCGUCUUCUAUCCUCAAAGACCGUAUGGGUUGCUGAUGGAGACUGCGAGACAGGGAAGGCGAACGUGGUCGAAGGACCAGUCUGAAUCAAUCUGUAGGGCCACGGCGACGGGUCCACUGCUGAUUGAGAGAGUACAGUGGAUGUGAGCAUGGGCAUGGGCCACGAUCCAUCCGCUGUAGCGAGUCGAUUCCAUUCCCCGUAAACUCUAUUACAGUCAGAAAUCCAGAACUGAAAACCUCGAUGCAGAGGUGCGAUUACGUUGUGCGUGUGGCUUGCUCGUGACUAGCAGACGACCGUUUGUGUAACGCACAGUACAGAACCCAGCUGGUCAAGAGACGUAACUGGUGAUCAUUAGAUGGAAGAUUCUGACUGGACCAUCACGUUACAGGGUCUAUUGGUGACGUCGGGAGGACAAGACAAUAUUAGAUCAUGGACUGAAGUGAUGUAGAUUUGGCCACAUCAUAUCCUCCAUAAGAUGCGGAUGGUGUAGAAUAUACGUAUUUCUUCGGCAUGAUUCGUGCCUUUAGACGAGAUGAAGCCUUUUGUAGCGAUGCAUGAUGAUGGAAAAAGGAGGUAGCUGUCAGUAGAGAACGCCACUAUGGUGCUCUUUGGGAUGCUGGUGGUCGUUGUAGGUGCUGUGCAGUCUUCUGCAAUGAAAGACAUCAAACCGCCCUAUGACUGUCACCCGUUCUACUACACAAUCCCGGAGUGUAUUGACCACCCUGACGGAUAUGGGUGCGAGUGCGGCCCUGGCUUCCACUGGAAUACAUACAUGUGCAUGUCCUCUGCAAUCGAUUCCAGAUUUGAAUAUAAGGCUCAAACCCCAGCCAGAUACACCCUGCUACUUGGAAAAGCUUUUCCAAAAUUAGACGACUUUACCAUUGCUUUUUGGAUGAACGUAAGCGACCCACUUCAUCCGGGAACUAUUCUGUCAUACAAACAUGGCAAAACGGAGAAUCUUCUGCGCAUGAUGAGCGGUCCGACGUUGCGAUUUGAAAUCUGGGGUCAGCUGGAAGAUACGGAGAUAACACUUCAACCACAUGAGUGGUACCACAUCAUGUGGACCUGGACUUCAAAGAACGGUAGAUGGACACUAUUUCUCAAUGGUGAGAGCCGCCAUCGAGGUGUCAUGGACAAAGUGCUACAAGCUGUUCCAUUGGGCGGCGAAUUCGUUCUCGGCCAAUCAUCACGUCCGAAGGAUAAAGUGUUGUUUAACGUGACAUACGGACUAGAUGGCGAUCUAGCGCAUUUGAAUAUUUGGGACUACAUCAUGAAAGAGCCGGAGCUAAAGCAAAUAAUCAAAUCGUGCAAGUUCAUGUACUGUGGGAAUGCUGUUCAGUGGGUCGAGUUCAGAAGCGGCACGAGGGGAGCCAUGAAGAUGCGGUGGCCGUCGGGUGUCCUCACUGGUGAGUGCUUCACAGAGAAGAUUGCCGCUGAAACAUGUGACAAUUUCUGCAGCGACCUCAUUGGUGCCCAGUGUAACAGAGAAACGGUGGAGAACAUCGAGUGGACGAGGACGAAGGCGGAGAACAACAUCAGCAUCGUGUGCCCUGGGCAGGAGGCAGCGGAACAGAAGAACCUCACUGUGGACUACGCGACAAGAGCCUGUCAGCUCCAAGAGAACGACAACAACGGCAUCUGGGACAUCCCCCACAUCGAUGACUGCAUCUCGGAAGACCUCAUGGACCUCAAAACAGAGUUCAAUGAAUUCACCACAUCUGGCAUCAAUGAGAUGUCUGUGCUGGAGCUGGCGUUUAAGCUGUUGAACCACACGGAGGACCACACGUAUCUCAACCCCAUUGAUAUCGCCACCGUCAUCGACCUCAUCGAGAUCCUCGUCAAGACACAGGGAGUGACCCCUCGGACAAUCACCUGGCGGGAAGGAGGGUCAACGUAUGCCCGUACCGACGAGAUCUACCCCACGUUUGACCAAACACAGACCUUCUGCCAGAUCUUGGCAACAGUAGUGGACAAUCUUCUCAACUCCAAAAAUGAGAAAGGCUGGAACGCUACACAGCCUUCCGGUGUUGAAGGUGAUAACCUUAUGAAUGUCAUGCAUGAUUUUGCUGACGUCAUCUCGCGAAGUCUCGUCUUCCACGUGAUCGACGGAAUCAAGCCCUACAGGGAGGCGUUUAUUCGAGUUUUCAAGAAUAAUAUAGAGUUUAAGAUCGAGACGCAUUGGAUCGAGAAGUUUAAUGGUAUCCUCUUCCCUGACUCGUACGACUUCAAGAGCGACACUCUCAAGUUUGAGGACGGCUCAGUGAGGAUCCAGGGGGACGCCUUUCUCACCCAGAAUGUAUCGCAGCUUCCAGUGUUCAUCGGUAUAUCAGCGUUUCGAUAUCCAACGCUUGCAAGGGUACUUCCGGGUCAAGCAGUGAAAAGCCGGCGCAAGGACGACUGGGUGAACACUCCUAUCGUCGCGUUGUUCACACAUAUGGGGGAUCUCUCACUCUCACAGAACCUCACUUCGCCCAUCAUCAUUGAUCUUCCAUUGCUAGACACAUUCAAUAUAUCUAACCCGGACUGCGUGAGGUUGAAACAUCGAAAUAGAACCCGGAAAUGGACUUGGACGAGAAGUAACUGCGAGAUUCUCGAAUACAGGCCGCAAUCAGUCAUGUGCGCAUGCUCAGUGCCUGGCGUGUUUGCCGUCACCACUGACAUGUACAAUGAAAAUUGGGACAAGGGAGAUAAGCGCCCAGAACUGAUGAACUUUGCGUCCUACAUUGGAUGCACAGUGUCUGCCACUCUGUGUCUACUUUCCGUCCUUAUACACGUAUAUGUCAAGACCUCCUCCACGACGGCCUCUCUUCACAAGAACCUGUGUCUGUCCGUCAUGUUCGCUCAGAUGGUCUUCAUGUUCGGCAUCGACAGAUACGACCAGCCGGUCGUCUGUCAGGUGUUCGCCAUCCUCCUCCACUACUUCUUCCUGGCCACGUACUCGUGGUUGAUGAACGAAGCCUUCAACCUGUACAUCGUCAUCACGUACUCCGCCCACAACCAAGGCGAGCUCACAGACUCGGGCUCCCUCGUCAGAUACUACGUCCUCGGCUGGGUGAUACCCGCUGUGCUGGUGGGGGCUUUCGUUGGGAGUCACUCGGAUAAUUAUUACGCACCAGACAUGUGUUGGAUUGCCUGGGAACAUUUUUGGUUAUUUAUUGGCCCCGCAGUGGGCGUUUUAGCGAUAAAUAUUUUAGUGUUGAUAUUUACCGCCAAAGAACACAACGAAAAUUCCUACACGAAAAGUGAAAAGACAAAUAAAGUUAUAUUGAUCCACAUGAAGGGAGUGUGGACCCAGCUUAUUCUAAACACAGUGUGUUGGUCAUUUGCCUUCAUCUCCAUAAAGAUGGUGGACACGAUAUUGAAAUAUCUAUUUGCCAUGUUUAAUUUUUUACAGGGUGCUUUCUUCGUGGUAUUUUUCGUCCUACUGCAUGAAGAGGUGCGUGCUGUGUUGAAGAAUCGCCAGAAGAAGAAGGCACUGACGACCCAGGGCUUCGAGUACAACGACGAUCACUCACUCGACUCCCUGGCAUCCUGCUCGGCACUGGAGAAGGAAGCUUGUGUGGAAGCGGUGCCCCUUGAUCCGAAGCCUGUGAGGAGAAGAGAAUUGAUACAGCGGAAGCAGAAAAGUCACAUCGAGGCAAGCAGUGACGAGGGAUCAGAUUGUGAAAUGAUCACUUCCGUUUAAACAUGGCUACAAACAGUAUCGUCCCCCAAAGCAUCCAGGAUGCAACAAAUUGUUUAAUAAAGUGGAAUAUAUAUUCGAGAUCCCGCAACACUUAAAUAAAUUUCAACGAAAUGUCCGUUUUAUGGAAACAUGUGACAAUGUGACGACAGGAUUGGCAAAGAUGUUUACCUUUUCCACGAAACUGGAUGAUCUUCGACAAAAAUAAGUUCAAAAAGGAUUUUCAUCAAUCAGCAUAAUCCUGAUGUUCCUAAAUAUGAAGUCAUGUGGAGCGUUGUUGAUGAGACAACCGGGAACCAUCGUUGCUUAUUAGAAUAGACAUUCCAUCGGAAGAUAUUGAGCAGAGCUGUAUGCAUGUGUACAUCAUGGAUUUGAACAUCCAGUCAAACAGAAGCGUAAUUGUGACAACUGGCAAAUGUGUAUUAUGUAUUCAUUGAUUAUAUCCCUACCAACAGUACUGCCAUUCACACACCGUCUAAUACAGACUCGUUAUAGAUACUGUAUAUUUCUAAUAGUAAAUGCAUUUAGAUGGUUAGACUAAAAGUUAACGUAUUGUUAAGGAAUUCUAUUUCAGUCUUCAUCUGAUUGCGUGAAUAUUGAUAUAUACACCUGUCAAAAAUGUUUACACCGCUUGCUAUAUAUUUCCGUAUAUAAUGGUAGUUUUUUUUAUAAAUCAUAACCUUUCCUUACUGUUCUGACAAAACACACGUAAUUUUGUUAAACAAGUAAGCUGCCCAUAUUGAAAUAUAGAAACCGAAAUCGGUUAUCGAAUUACAAGUUUUGUAACUGCUUCACGACGGUAGUUAUUUGGCUCCCCUUUCAACUGGUUCCUCUGAUUCCUCAUAUCAAUUGAUAUGACCCAGUACUUGCGAUCAUCUGGAGGAACACACAGUAUUCUUGUGCCAACUGUGCAAGGGGUGUCGGUGGCAUCAUAGACACAUAUUAGAAUGAGAUCGAUGACGUGUACAUAUUUCCACCAAGGGAUGCAUGGAGGUUCAGGAUACAUGAACAUGAACAUGUUGAAGCGGCGAUGCUUAACCUUUCCCUAGGUUGACAUUAGCCUUCUAUCUGGCCAGUUUGACCAUCAUCCAGUAAAUGUUUGAAAAGCAGUACUAAAGCUUUUUUUAUAUGCCAUCUCCUGUUUUUAUCAACAUACGCCUAAUUGGAGUCUAAGACCAUGCUGUCUUCCCAUAGUUGGUACAGUAUGCUGGGAAAUAUUCAUUGUGAAUAAUUCUAUCAAUUUCUACCGCAAGGUUAAAUGUUAUUGUGUCUAAAAAAGAAGGCAACUGAACCUAUUUGACAGGACUAGAUACAUGGAUACAAAACAAUCCAAAUGUGUGCAGCUGUGUACGUAUCAUGCUGUCUACCUAUAGUUGAUACAGUAUGCUGGGCAAUAUUCAUUGUGAAUAAUUCUAUCAAUUUCUACCCCAAGGUUAAAUGUUAUUGUGUCUAAAAAAGAAGGUAACUGAACCUAUUUGACAGGACUAGAUACAUGGAUAAAAAAAACAAUCCAAAUGUGUGCAGCUGUGUACGUAUCAUUUAAGUGCGUGUUCGUAUAUAACAUCAUAAAAUGCGAAUGAAACGCACGACUACGGCUGGACUAAAUUAUUUGAAUAUUGUGAGAGAUAUAAUAUCUGCAGCAUAUAUGACUUUCCUUGCAUGGAAAUUUCAUUCGAACUAAUAUUGAAUGGUUUUGUUGAAAGAUAUGGGAACAAAUACAUAAAAAAUGAUACUUUCAUGAUUUUUUUGGGUUCGUUUGCUUUGUGCAAGAACUUAAACAGCAAUUCGAGGUAGGUUCUUGGAGUCCAAUAUUGCCGAGUGCGUUGUUAAACAACAAACAAACAAAUCUUGGAGUUUACUUCAAAGCUAUCAGUAUUGCAUAAUCAUUGAGAAUGAUUUAGACGCAACAAGAUGUAUAUAUGGACACGAACGUCUUAUAAUACAAAUAAAACUUGAUACUUGGGAGUUCUAUAUUAUAGUUGAAAUGCUUUAUCCGUGCCCUACAUUAAUGGUAGGUUACUGUAUAGUGCAAGCCAACCAAUGUACCUUGCAAUAAUGUGUAUUGGCUAUGAAUGAAGGUAUAUAUUUAUUUGAUAUGUUACCCAUUUGAGCGUUUCCGCAGAUGCCACGUCUAUUUACGUCUAUUGCACAGCUUCCUUGCUUCCUUUAUGUGUAUAUGAACUAUUCUAAUUAUAAGUCUUACUUAAUGUGAGUGUGAGAUAUUAAUAUAUGAUUCCAAGCAUAUUUGCGCGUUUGUAUAUAUACAUGUUCUUGUAAUGCUGAGAUAUAUGUGUGACGUUUGUGUUGACAAUUUGUAUAUGUUUUGUCAUAGAAUAUGUUAUAGCAAUGUUACUUGUUUGAUACAGUUUAUAUAUACUGUUGUUUAUACUAUUGUAUAUUAUUUGCUAUGAUCAAACCAAAAAUCAAACGGUUUUGUUUGUACUGUGAUAGUAAUUCAUUAAGCCAUUUUGUUACAAACAAAGGCACAAGGCCAUACAUGCUUCCUUCGUAUGCAUUAUGGUGGUUAGACGUAUGGAAUUACAGUAUGUAUCGCAAUGUGUUUAUGAGUUUGAUUGAGAACUUUGAAAGGAAAUGCGAAAUACUUACCGCAAUACGUAUUAUACUCAAUACAUCUUUAGGAUAAAAUAUAAGCUUCAACGAUGUAAUAAGCAAUUGACAGAUUGAUUGGUAUCAUAUGUUAUAAGUUGUCAGGAUUUGUUAUAUAAAGUCAGUCCUGAUCAUCCUCCGAAACAGAUUACAUUGGUCGUUAAAGCAAUAAUACCUUAUUCGACGUAAUAAGCGCCCCGCUCUAAUAAGCGCCCACGGCGAUAUUUGCUAAUAUAUUGGCUAGUGAACAAUCCCAAGUAGCACCCCUUCCGAUUGAUCAAUGUACACAACACUUGUUUAUUCGCGUAUAAUACGCACUCGUUUGUUGUAUGCAGCCUAAAUUAUGGGCAAUUAAAUUCUGGAAAAAUGUAUCUCUCGUAUGUAAACAUUUCAGGCUGUCAGCAUAAAGCACAAAAUUUAUCUUUCAACACUGUUUUGUUUUCACCAAGAUAAUAUUCUAAUAAGAACCCCCUAUUUCUAAUUUUGAGAGCGCCCUAGGCGCUUAUUUCGUCGACUACGGUAGUGGUGAACAUUAUGGAUCAGUGAUGACACCAGCACAUAACUUAACAGUGACUCGUGUCAAGCAUGUGGACCAAUAUACAUUAAUGUCAGUCAAACACACCACAACAACUUCAUGACAACAUUGAUUUCCAAAUCCUUUUCUCAAACGAAUUGUGAUUAUUACGAGAUGAUCGUAUAAUAUAUCUGUGAAGAUGCUAGAGAGCUUUCACGGUUUUACCGGGAACAUUCAUGAGAACUUGGACAGUGUUUCCAGGAAUAUGCUUGUUAGCCUUGUCGAUAUUACCGGGAACAUGCCGGAAAACGUUGACGGUGUUACUGGCAAUAUGUUUGAUAUGUUUAUCGGUGUUACCGGGAACCUUCAGAGCUUUGACGGUGUUACUGGGAACAUCCUUCAGAGCUUUGACGGUGUUACUGGGAACAUUCUUGAUUGCUUUGUCGGUGUUACCGGGAACAUUCUUGAUUGCUUUGUCGGUGUUACCGGGAACAUGCUUGAUAGCUUUGACGGUGUUACCGGGAACAUUCUUGAUUGCUUUGACGGUGUUACGGGAAUGUGCUUCAGAGCUUUGACGGUGUUACCGGGAACAUCCUUCAGAGCUUUGACGGUGUUACUGGGAACAUCCUUCAGAGCUUUGACGGUGUUACUGGGAACAUUCUUGAUUGCUUUGUCGGUGUUACCGGGAACAUUCUUGAUUGCUUUGUCGGUGUUACCGGGAACAUUCUUGAUUGCUUUGUCGGUGUUACCGGGAACAUUCUUGAUUGCUUUGUCGGUGUUACCGGGAACAUUCUUGAUUGCUUUGUCGGUGUUACCGGGAACAUGCUUGAUAGCUUUGACGGUGUUACCGGGAACAUUCUUGAUUGAUUUGACGGUGUUACGGGAAUGUGCUUCAGAGCUUUGACAGUGUUACGGGAACAUGCUUCAGAGCUUUGACAGUGUUACGGGAACAUGCUUCAGAGCUUUGUCGGUGUUACCGGGAACAUUCUUGAUUGCUUUGUCGGUGUUACCGGGAACAUGCUUGAUAUCUUUGACGGUGUUACGGGAAUGUGCUUCAUAGCUUUGACAGUGUUACUGGGAACAUGCUUCAGAGCUUUGUCGGUGUUACCGGGAACAUUCUUGAUUGCUUUGUCGGUAUUACCGGGAACAUUCUUGAUUGCUUUGUCGGUGUUACCGGGAACAUGCUUGAUAGCUUUGUCGGUGUUACCGGGAACAUGCUUGAUAGCUUUGACGGUGUUACGGGAACAUGCUUCAGAGCUUUGACAGUGUUACGGGAACAUGCUUCAGAGCUUAGACGGUGUUACGGGAACAUGCUUUAUAGCUUUGACAGUGUUACGGGAACAUGCUUCAGAGCUUUGACGGAAGCAUGCCCGAGAGUUCUGACAUUGUAGGUUACAAUAAGUUUGUUGCCUGUUACUUUGGACUAAACACAGAGAUACUCAUCUAGACAUUACUAAGGCUUACAAAAUUAAAGCAAAAAUCGAGCAGCAAGAACUGUUUACUUCAAGUACGGGAGACUGUAUUUUAUUGUGUAUGCCUGUUGCAUUCUGCCUGUGUGUUCCCCAUAGAGUUUGUUUCUAUUUGUUUCUCUGUUAUCUACUUAAACUGUGUAAAUCCUCGACAGAUCACCCUAGUGUUGUACGAACAACUUACCUAGACCUUACAUGUACGAACACCGUGUACCUACAGUAAACGCUGUGGGGUUGUAGCUGAGUGUAUUGUUCCCUUCCGUGCAUAUGUACCCGCGUGGUCUGCAACUGCACAUCAUGGUAGACAAUUAUGCUCAAUGGUUGUGAUGAAUUUACAAUAAAAUACACAACGGAAAGCG